GGAAGAUCUGUUCCCGAUAUCGUGGAGAGGUGUACUAUACAAAAGAAAUAGCGUUACCGGUACUGUUUCUACAUCCGACAUAGCGUGUGAAACCAGUCAGGCAAAGGGACCGAUGCAACAAGAGCCUGGGAGUGCCUUUUUAAUGUCACGGAAGGAGUUACCUUUAAGUAUCGUCCAUGUCGAAUCACAUGAUUCGUUAGAUUGGGGGAGAGUCCGAUAAUGGGUGAAUGGUCGAAGAUGUCCAUUGUUUUAUUCUACAUAUCUCCUUUUCCCUUAUGCCACUUUUCCAAUCACAGGAAUCCAAACGACUAAAUAAAGGGGAUGAAUCCGAUCCUGUUCGCUAACCUUCCUCGAUGAUGACCUUAGCCAACCGCUCAUCAUUCCACCAGCACGUACUGCUCGACUGAUUUGCAUAAGACCAGACGUCCCGGUUCGUUUCAAGAUUUGGAUCAGCCACUUACAUAAGACAGGUCACGCAAGCUACGAACCACAAUCUUGGGUGGUGAGACUGGAAGGUUGUGACGACCGAAAUGUCAGGAACGUUUUCGAAUGAUCCAAGUCGUGAAGAAGAAGAAGAAGAAGAAGAAGAAGAAGCCAGUAAUACAAAGAACCAGUCGAAAGGGUGCAUAACGUCAAAGAUACUACGUUAAAUAAUCAAUGAGAAGAAUCAAAAUCUCUGCACCAUAGAUUUGAGGAUUUGAUUAAAAAAUAAAAGAAGAGAAGGAAGUGUUAGAAGCUGAUGAGAGUGUACGACAAAUCUGUGACUGCACUUAGCCGCAUCGUGGGAAGGCUAAUCCGGAUCAAUGCGAUCCAAAUGAUCUUUCGAGGCGCGCGUUGACUUCUAGCCUCGAAGGUGCAGCAUGAAGAAGUCAUUCCAUCGAUUACAUCGUGCUUCGAAUCGGAAAGAAUUUGAUAUUUCAUAGGUGUCUGGAACAGGAGAGAUCAUUGUACUUUAAACAUCAUAGAACGUCAUAAGAAAAUUCUUCUAAGAAAGACUGAAUUGAUCAAAAUAUUCAAUGUUUCAAAUUUAGAUGAAUAAUAUGUAUAUCAAUCAAUAUAUAUUCAGAAAAAUGUAAGAGUGCAAAAAGAUGCGUUUGUGCCAUUUUCUACUCAGCUCUUAAGAUAUCAAACCGAGUUUGAAGAAUGAUGGAAAAUAUUAAAAUAGCAAACCUAAAAGCAAAAAUUUUAAUCAAUCUAUGCUUCAACAAAAUUACAACCUGUGAUACCAAACCCUAUAAUGGAAUUAACAUCCAAAAAUCUGAACCAAUCUUAUUUUGCAAUCUAUCAAAACAUAUACUGUAAUAAUAGCAAAUCUGGAUCCUACAAUAAUAAAAUAACUAACACUACACAUCAUAAUAUCAAACUAUAAAGAAGCUAUCAAUCCAAAACUCUGAAACAAUCCUAAUUUUCAAUCUAUCAGAAAAUGUCUUUCAACUAUGUGAUAGCAGCAAACCUAAAACCUAUAGUAGCAAAUACUAUAUUCUAUAAUAACAAACAACAAAGAAACUAACCGCUACUGCUAAUCUAUUAAAAAUGAAAAAUCUUGUUUGAAUGUUAUUAUACACAAGAAACAAUCUGAGAGCCAAAAGAUAAAUUGAUGAAUGAAGAGACGAAGGGGGAAGUGACGUGUUGUCUGAUGAAGGAAGAAGGUGGUGCAGGAUUCGCGUUCCCCGGGUCGACGAUGGCAAGGUUCUAAGGCAAGGUGAGGCAAGUGUUCUUUUGAAAAAAAAAGCGGUGUACGUAAUUUAAGCUCGGUACUUUCGAGCCUUUAGUUCUCUUCACAACAUGUUUUACCUUCAGAUAGCAAUACUUUGCAUGGCAGUAGUGUACGUGAUAUGUGACCUACCACCAGGGACAAGGCGCAACACCUAUUUGCCACCUGAACCAACCAAGGGUUACACCUACGAUACGCCUCGCAUACCAUUUACAAAACCAACCACCCCACGACCGUCAUUCCCCACGACGACGCCAUAUUCAUCACGACCAUACUCCAAACCGACCCCCUCCAAAUUUCCACCAUCGAGAACUACUCCUAGCGAAGGGUAUCCACCAACAGGUACCAGACCUACCCCAGAAUUCCCUGAUUAUGGGACACCCACUAGACCAACUGGAACUACUUUACCUGCUGGUGGACACGAUCAUCAUCAUCACGAGCCAGGAAUGCCAUUCGACUUCAACUACGCGGUGAAGGAAGACGCCUUUGGAAAUGAUUAUUCCCACAACGCGAUAAGCGACGGAGACAUCGUCCGUGGGGAAUACAGAGUCCAGCUUCCGGACGGAAGGCUGCAGGUCGUACGUUACACCGCCGAUUGGAAACACGGCUUUAGUGCGCAGGUCUCAUACGACGGGAAUCCCCGCUUUGACGUACCACGACCGCCUGGCAAUUUUGCUGGAUAUUAGGCUAUUAGUGGACUGUGGAUGAUUAUGCAUUUAUUUAAAGAAAAUUUUAAAAUGCAAAACUGUAUAAAAUGCGAAAAUAUAAUGUCAAGAAAGUAUCUAAAAUAGAAGUAUAGUCUGGAUCAAUAAAAUUUAAAGUUAUAAUCAAAGGAUAUCAACUAGAACUUAAACUGAAAACUUAAAAACAUAAACUAAAAAUCAUGAAAAUACGAAAAAGAAUUUUAUAAUAAUUAAUAUUAAACUCUUGCGUAAAAUUGUACAAUGUAGACAUAGGUCUUAUAUAUAAAAGUUACUUGUUAGAAUUAUGAAAAUUGGAUAUCCACAGUGAACGUAUUAAUCGAGAUCCCACUGUACUUAUUAUAAUAUGUAAUAAGUGAACCAAAUCUCCAUUUAAGUUCCACUUCUUUAGCUAUAUUCUCCAAAAUACGAAAUUGCAUAAAUAUCCGCAGUCUAGCUAUUAGAGUCUAAUCUGUGGUUGCAAACCAUGUUAACACACGUUUGUCUUGCGGUUCUUAUUGUUAGUCUUUACCGUGCUGUCUCUGUGUCUCCAUUUGUUGCCGCUAACUAGCUGAGGUCAUUGUCUGGAUUAUCGAGACGUUUCUUUCAGGUCGCUAGUGUCAUCAAAUAGGUAGUUCUACGAGGGGCAUCGACACUGUCGCAUGCAGAACUCUUCUUUGAUCUUCACAAUGGUUUUUAAAAAUGCAAAAAUCAGUGAAACAAGUAUUUAGAAAUAUUAUUAUUAAAUAAUGCAUAAAUAUUAUUAUGGAAAGUAUAAUUUUUUAAUCGUUAAAAUUAUUAAUAAUUACUCUGAAACUUUGGAUUAAGAUUUUAAGAUACCUAGAGCAAAAGAGGAAUUCUGCAAGUAUCCUCCUUUACAAUCUAUCAUUUUGUUUAUAGAAUAUAAAUGAAACAAUAUUGUUUCUGCGAUCACAAAUGGUUCAAUUCCAGCUGGUACUUAUUUUACAUCCCCUAGCCAUUGCAAAAUCUAGAUCUAAGUAAAGGAAGACCUUAGACCAGAGUAUGUUUUAUAUUCUUCAGUUAGAUGUGUCCAAUGGACAUGGAUAUAUAGGAGGAAAAAAAUAAAAAAAAUUUUGAUAAAGUCAAGGUGUACUUCUUUUCUAAAGCAUAAAGUAGCAGCUAAGGACUAACUUGUAGCAAUAACAGUUUAUUUUUAAGGACACUGAUGGAACAAUACUAACCCUCUGCAAUAGUGUGUAGUCUCUAUGUAUAAUAAAACUAUUUUUAGUCGUCAAUUUUCAUCUUAAACAAAAAAUUUCAAUAACAAAUGAUUUCUUAAAAACAUUAAUAAACAUAUCUUGAUGAUAUGAAAGAAAAUGAUGUAAAGAAAUUGAAAGAUUUAAUAAAUACACCAAAUGAUUAUGUUAUCUUUGAUAAUAAAAGUAUACAUGCUUUUUAA